GGCGAGAAGGUGGGAACUUCUAAAGGCGGGAAGCGAGGGGCUGAGGCGUUUCUCCCUCACGCCGGGCGGUCCUGUUCUACACAUCAGCGUGGGGAUUAAGCCCCAUUGAACUCAGUGAGCCCUACUUCCGAGUAGACGUGUCUUGGGUUCCGCGUUACGAAGUGACCAGGAUAAAUGGAUUCUGACUUGCUUCAAGUUCGCCAUAUAGUACAAGAAGCAAUUGGCACCCUAUCUGUUUCCAGAGAUGGAGCCCAGAUCUGUGAGACUUUGCGGACAAUUAAGAGCUACCUUGGUGGAACUGAAAAUCCACCCUCCAUGAAAGAGAAAGAUGAAUUUACUCGCAAUCAUUUUACUACCUUUCUGCAGUGUCUUAUCAGUAACCUGAGUCUUGAUUGGCUGGAGCAGUUCCAAUCAGAUGAAGAUAAGGAGUUAUGGGAUUGCUUUUUCUUGGAAGGACCAGCAGACCAAACUUUUAUGGUUCUUUUGGACACCAUCAUUUCUACAGCGCCCAGUUUCCGUCUGAAUAAAGUCGUCGAUGUGCUGGAGCAGUUCCUGCAGAGAGCUGGACUGUCUGCUCUGAUGUGGGAAGUCUGCAAACAACAAACGCAAGCUGGCCCCUCAGUGCUACAGGAGGCCAUCCUCAAUAAGGUGGCCUGUCUCCCGGAUCACCUAGGCAACAAGCUCCAGGGAGAAAACCGGCCUGUCUUCUUCCCCCAAAACUACUUCCCGCUGCUUGGUGUGGAGAUGGUCCAGGUGCUGGAGAGGAUCUCUGAUUCACUGCGAGGUGGCUUGGAUUGCUCAAUCUCCUUUGUGUCCCAGGUGCUAGGGAAGGUAUGCAUGCAUGGAAGACAAAAAGAAAUCCUGAACGUGUUGGUGUCCCACCUGACGGAUCGUACCCAGUCUGACUGCAUCUGGCAGAGGAUAUGCUGGCGACUGGUGGAGAGUGUGCCGGAUCGCUGGGUGGAACCUGUGGUCUGUGGCUUUGUUCAGGCAGCAGCAGGACCUGCCGUGCUGUCACGAUUGUUGGGGAAUUUGGUUGUCAAAAGCAAGAAGGCUCAAUUUGUGAUGACCCAGAAGAUGCUGCUGCUUCAGUAUAGCUAUCCGACUAUGGUGCUCCAGAACCUCCUUGGUUAUCUAGCCCUGGACAACAUGCGGCGUCUCUUACUGAUCAAGGUUUUGAAAGAGCUGCUGGAGACCUGGGGAAGCAGCACUGCCGUGAAGCACUCCCCAGUGGAGCAGCAGCUGUACAUCAGCAAGGCCAUUCUGAUCUGCCUCUCUCAUCUGAAAGAAGCAGAAAUACUGAACGACAGACAAGAGCUACUCACAGUCAUGAUGGAAGGGAUGAAGUGUCACCUGGACAGCAACUUGCCAAAGAUCCGCCAUAUAGGGAUGGUUGUGGCCGAGUGCGUCAGUGCCAGGAUAAUGUCUGAAGGACCUGCUCUGAAAUUUCAGUAUGAAGAAGAUGAUGAGAUCAGAGAUUUAAAGACCUUGCUGAUUCAGAGGCCAGAGCAGAUUCCUGACAGUGAUUCCCAGAGCAUUGGGAACAGCAGACCAGCCAUGACACCAGGCACUAUUCCGAAACCCAGUGUGAAACAACAGCCAGGUGCUUCUGAAGGAUUGGACCAGGGGGAUGACUCUGAGCUUGAUAGCGAUGAUGACCUCGUUCCGUAUGACAUGUCAGAGGACAAAGAACUGAAGAAGACCAAGGCUCCCACCUACAUCCGAGACUGUAUUGAAGUCCUUACUGGUCCCGAAGAUCCGGACAAGUAUGAAGCCACAAUGAGCACCCUGGAGACUUUGAUCCGAAGGAACGUGGCAGCUGCACGAGAAGUGAGCGUGGAACUGGCAAAGGUCCUGCUGCAUCUAGACGAGAAGAGCUACAUAGAAGGCUUUGUGGGGCUUCGUCAAGGCGCUCUGGUGGCCAUCGCUGUCACAGACCCAACACCAGUGGCCAAGUUUCUGACCUCUGAGUUCUACUCCCUGAACUAUAGUCUCCGCCAGCGUAUGGACAUCCUGGAUGUGCUGGCCAGAGCAGCCCAGGAACUCUCUCAGCCCUUUUCUCCUAAAGCAAAGCAGCUUCCUAGUCUGAAACAGCCCAGCAUCCAGAUCCUGUCUAGCAACAGCUCUUCUCCAGACUGGCAAAAAGUUGUGGAUGAAAGGAUCCGAAGCAAGACCAGAAGGUUUGCAAAGGGCCAGUCCCAAGCAAAGCCACCAUCUGCCCCCAACAGAUUUGGUCCAGUUGCUGGUCAUUUCUUUUUCCCGCUUCUUCGGAACUUCGACAGGCCACUGACCACCUUUGACCUUUUGGGAGAUGAUCACCUGGUUUUGGCCCGGCUGACACACACCCUGGCAAUUCUGAUGUACUUCGCUGUCAACACUGUGGUAGCAUCUGCGAUGGGGAAGGCACUGCUAGAGUUUGUCUGGACCCUGCGCUUCCAUGCAGACACAUAUGUGCGCCAAGGGCUUUUGUCAUCUGUCUCUUCCACACUCCUGAGUGUCCCUGCUGAGUGCCUUCUGGAGGACAUGACGGAGGAGCUUUUAGAGACCCAAGCCUGGCUGGCAGAUGUUGCAGAGAAGGACCCAGAUGGUGACUGCAGAAGUUUGGCACUGCAGAAUCUGCUACUGAUGGAAAACCUGAAGAAAAAAACUCUUGAAACGUGAAGGAGGGCUUGAUGAUGGAGGUGCCCUUUGCCUGCCCUCUGUCCAGCUGGUGGCUCAGAAUCUGCCCUGUCUUUGCUUGGAGGACAGGAAUGGAAGGAGGACACUGAGCUGUAAGCCAUAGAUAGGUAGCUUAACACCUGGGCUUGGUAGCAGAGGGUAGUUGAGUAUGCAUUUGUUGUUGGUCUGUUGGUAGAGAGGUGUGCUGGUACUGCUGCUUUUCUGCAAACACACACUUGUGUGUGCAUAGGCUGACACUGUAGCCAGGACAGGAGCAGAGAGACUAUUUACUCAGUGUUCUUGAACCAGGUUAAUAUGAGUAUGUUGCAAAGGAAAGGAUCUACGCCAGCUCCUAGAACCUGUGUGUUGUUCAUCUCAUCUGAGCUCUGGAUAGAGCAUGGGCUCUUUUUGACUUUGGGUCCUUACUGGGUAUCAUGCAUUAACUUCUGUUUGACUUUUGUGCAUGACUACAGUAGCCAAUGGUAACACAGCAGGACUCUAUUGACUGAUCAGGUCUGAUAAAAUGGCUCGAAAGUG